CCUCCAUACAUACCGCAACACCGCUAGCUCACAAGGCUCGUAAACACAUAACACAGCCCAGCUUCUUUCCUUUCCCUCUCUCUCUUUAGUUUCUCUCCUCGAUCCUCCGUUUCUUUCCUUGUUUCUCUUUACAGGAUAUAUUGCAUCCAUGGAGGAUAACUUAAACCAAGCAAUGAUACCCACAUUUCAUAAAAGAAAAGAAAGGAAAACCACCCACGAGAAAUCUGAGAUGGCAAAGCAUGAAUCUUUAGUUAGUUUGAAAAGGAGCAGGAGAGCAGAGAAUGUUCACAAGAGAAGCAGAAGAAAGAGAGAGGAGAUGUUAAAGGUUCAAGAAAAGGAUCAAGCGUCGACGGUGGGUGCAGGUGAAGAUGAUGAGAAGGCAGAAGUAGAUAGAAAGAUUGCGGCAUUGCAAAUGAUUAUCCCAGGGGGCGAGUCGUUUGGGGUAGACAAGUUGUUUGAAGAGACUGCUGAUUAUAUAAUGGCUUUGCAGUGUCAAAUCAAAGCCAUGAGAGUUCUUGCUGGUUUUCUUGAAGGUCUAGAAAAGGAAAAGAGGAAGUCUGGAGGUUAAUUAAGCAUGGACUCCCAUCUUGUAUCACUUUUGAGGGUCCGUUCAUGUCUCUCUCUUUUUUCACAUAAUUUUUUUAACCUUUUGUUCAUUUAUUUUAUUUCUAUCUUAAAGAUGGGAGCAAGAUUUCCCUUUUUUUU